AUGGCCCCAAAGAACACUCGCAUCGUUGGGGAUGCCAGGGACGAGAAGGACGAGAACAAGGCCGCAAAUGAGGCCAAGUGGGCGGCCAAGAACCUGGGUUCGAAGAACCCAUCUACGCUGGGGGCCUCGCGGUGGAACCCUGGAGAGCCGCAGUGGUCUCUCCAAACCACUCGCGAUGAGAUCUUCGCGAGGAUGAAGGUUUUGGAGCGCAGGAAGGCUCCAAAUGACCAGCAGCUCCUCGUGAGGGCGAACCAGGCGAGGCGCAAGGUGUACGAGCAUAUGUACGCCGAGGGCUGCGACACCACAGAUGUCGGAGCUGCUGCCAUCAACGUCGAGUAUUUUAUCGACGCAAAGCUCUGGGAGGACCACAUCCAGAGUAUUACCAAAGAGGUGUUCCCCUGGCAGUGGCCAGAUAUCUUCCGCGAGGAUGCGGGGUAUGCCGAGUUUGCCCGGGCGAAAGCCUCAAUGGGCAAGUGGUCAGACUCUGUUCUGGCUGAUGACGGCGUGAGACGGGACCAGCGGGCCAAGGACAGCGCUGAGCUCGAGAAGAAGAUGCAGGCCGAGGGCAAGGACUGGGCGGAUAUGGCCGCUCCCUUGAACGAGACCUUCACCUCGACCCACCAGGACGAGGAGGGGAACCGAGUUCGUGGCGAGCAGAGGACUGCCACCCACGGAGGGCCCGCGGCCGGAGAGGCAGCCAGCAAGGAGGCCACCGAGAAGGAGGAGGAGGAGCCCACUGGAGAGGGCGAUAAGGCUGAGCCCGAGAAGGCUAAGCCCAAGAAGGCCGGGCCUAAAAAGGCCGAGUCCAAGCACAUAUCUUGGACCCCUAAGCUCAUAACAAAGCUCUACAAGAAUAUCUUUGGGCAGGACGCAGCCUGCCUAGAUGGCAUGGGCGGCUUUAAGCUGCCGUUUGAGGAGAAGUUUGUUGGCGUGCUGAAGAACAGCACCGUCGUCAAGGCCUAG